AUGUGGGGGCAUCAAGGAGAUGGAACAUGGCUAAGGCUUAACUGGUUGGUCUGGUGGUUGCACCAUGCUGGCCUGCCCGCUCCAAGUUGCGAGUUGACCCAUGGGACUUGUGCGAAGGCACUGGUCUUGUGUCUCUUAGACAGGAGGGUAUUGCGUGAGGCUGGUUUCACAGAGCAGCGAACACUUCCUACUCUUGACAGUGGAGGGAUCACAGGCUGCUGCACCUACAAACCACAACACCAGGUCUUGUGUCUCUUAGACAGGAGGGUAUUGCGUGAGGCUGGUUUCACAGAGCAGCGAACACUUCCUACUCUUGACAGUGGAGGGAUCACAGGCUGCUGCACCUCCAAACCACAACACCAGACAGGAGGGUAUUGCGUGAGGCUGGUUUCACAGAGCAGCGAACACUUCCUACUCUUGACAGUGGAGGGAUCACAGGCUGCUGCACCUCCAAACCACAACACCAGGAGGGUAUUGCGUGAGGCUGGUUUCACAGAGCAGCGAACACUUCCUACUCUUGACAGUGGAGGGAUCACAGGCUGCUGCACCUCCAAACCACAACACCAGGUCUUGUGUCUCUUAGACAGGAGGGUAUUGCGUGAGGCUGGUUUCACAGAGCAGCGAACACUUCCUACUCUUGACAGUGGAGGGAUCACAGGCUGCUGCACCUCCAAACCACAACACCAGACAGGAGGGUAUUGCGUGAGGCUGGUUUCACAGAGCAGCGAACACUUCCUACUCUUGACAGUGGAGGGAUCACAGGCUGCUGCACCUCCAAACCACAACACCAGGUUUACUUGUGAUGUUAAACUUGUUUAUCCAAUGAUUAGGUUUACUUGUGAUGUUAAACUUGUUUAUCCAAUGAUUAGGUUUGACUAUUUGGAAUACACAUUUAGAUCUAUUGAGCGACCAAAUAGCAAAAAACUUGAUUUCUGCAAAAUUAUUCCGAAUUGCAAAAACCCUCUAUGGGAUGAACAUUUCGUUGUUCUUGUUGCUCAUCCUGUUCAAAGAGUUGAAUUUCUAGUAAAAGAUAAUGAUAUUCUUGGUGCUGAACUUAUUGGAGUUGUGGAAAUACCUGUUCAGAAGAUACUUUCUGGUUCUUUGGCAAUGUCCAUCCAUAUCAUCUGGUCCAAACUAUAUCAUGCAUUGCCAUACUCUUAUGACCAUUUUGUUGGCUCCAAUGUACACACAUUCAAGUAUUGGCUAUGGGCUGCAGGAUUUUAUCCUCUAGGACUACUGAUAGAUUUGUGA